AUGCGUGGAAGUCAUUCCUCACCUCUCUCACCCUGUAUUGAGUUAAUUUGCUUCUUAGAAGGAGCUAUUGCUUGGAUAUCCCCAUGCUUUGUUCUAGGGGAAAGUAAUCAAACACUUCCUCCUUACCUUCAACUUCCGUUUUCUAUUCCACUUCGUCUCUCUUUUAAUGCUACUGAACAAUCUGUGUGGCGUAUCCUAGCCUUCAUUUCAAACAGCGCUUUUUUCAAAGUAAUGACAGCUGGAACAAAAACCGACAACAUGAUCUUUAAUCUCCCCUCUUCAUUAAAAUUAACAUUUCGCGCCUUUGGAAACGAGUUGUACGAAAUUGUUAAAAGGGUCUGCAAAGGAGUGACUGAUCCAGGAUAA